GUGGAGACCACCUUCGCCGUCAACCGGGAUCAAAGACGUCUUCACAGGUGGGUGGAGACCACCAUCGCCGUGAACCGGGCCAACCUCCUCCAAGCCGACGUCUUGACCUCAUCAAAGAAGUCUCCCUCAAGGACCGCGAGCUCAGGAUUGUGGGCGAGGUCGGUGCCAAGAUCCGAGUCUUAGACUUCAUUUCUCCCGAUGUCCAGUUAUAUCUUCAGACUCGAUGCUCCCCCGAGCGAGUGAUUAGAGUGAUUGAAAAAUUAGAACCAAAGCAAAAGGCAGCCAUAGAAGAAAUAGGAUUUGGUAGCCUCUUGCAACUUCGAUGUAGGAAAAUUGAUCAUGGGUUAUGUCUUUGGUUGAUAAAUAGUUUUAAUCCGAACACUUAUAUGUUACAGUUGUAUAAUACUUGUAUCAAAUUAUCCCCCAUUGAUGUUGAAUUUAUUAUGGGAUUGAGGGCAAGAGGGCUCAAGAUUGGCAUGAACAAAGAUGUUGGCCAUAAGAAUGAUUUAUGUAAAAAAUAUUGUGAUAAAAAAGGGCGAUUGCCAUUAGUGAUGUUAGAAAAUCAAAUUAGGGAGGAUAAAGAGGGUGGAAACGAUUUUAAAGUUCGUUUUGUAUUAUUUGUGUUGGGUGCAUUAUUGUGCCCAACAAUGAAGCUUUUUGUGAAUCGUUCUUUCUUAUAUCUUGUGGAAGACAUCGAUUCAAUAAAGAAGAUGAAUUGGGCAGAAUUUGUGUUGUCCUAUCUUGUGCACGAGAUUGAAGAGUUUAAGAAGAAACAACAAAGUGGGGUUUGUGGUUGCUUAUUGUUUUUAAUGUUAUUCUACCACGAGCAUAUAUCGUUUGAAGAGAAAUUUCUACCGCUAUAUACUCGACCUUCUCCUCGGAUUACUGCUUGGGGAGAUGAUGAAGUAUUGGACAGGAAUCGAAGAUUGAAAAAACUUGCUCAAAAUAUAGGUGAUAGAAAAUAA